GACUGCUCACCAGAAGGUGGGGAGUUCGAGUCCACCGGAGUUGCCUGGGAAGAAGGGCUUGGUGAUCUGCUACAGUUAAGAUCAGCCAUCCUAAACGCUAUGGGGCCCACUUCUAUUGUGAUACACGUGGGGUCGCCAGGAGUUGGGAUCCACUCAAUGGCAACUGGUUUGGUUGUUUUACCCCUGUGUGCCAGGCACCCCACAGGGUGCCAAGCAGGAGGUUGCAUUGCCAGGAUGCCGUCCUUGGAGUUUGGGGUGCGCCCUGGGACUCAGGCCGUGACUGGUUGUGUGCAUGCUCAGGGCCGUGAAUGCACCUUGUGGGUGCCCCAGUGCAUGGAGCUGAGGUGUGGAGCUGGUACUUGUAGUCGGAGGUCGUGGAUGCGUGACUGUGCAGGCGAGUGUGUGUGUGUGCACGUUCAGGUGUGUGGCCCGUGACCACACCUAUGUGCACACAUUUUCUUGUGAGUAGUUGCAACUGAAAAAAUUGGGUUUUUUUUAGUUGCACCUGGGGGCCAGAGUGUGGGAAGGAGGUGCUCUCCAGGCACCCUGCGUGUAGUCAGAGCAUACCAGGGCAGUGUUCCUGCUCCAAGCAGGCACUGGCCAGGUUCUGCCGACUGGACCUCCCUGGUGAGGCCCCUGUGGCCUCCAGGCAGCACCCACCCAGCCAAGGGGGAGGGGCAAGGCCCCACCUCAGCUGGGAGGGGCCUCCUCCUGCCUUUGGAGUUGCUGACCCCUGGGCUCAAAGUCCUUUGAUAAGGGCAGAUAAAGCUAUCCUGGGGAGCCCCGCCCUGUCUCCCCUACCCACACCCAGACACUCCCCACUCUGUUCCAGGGAAGGGGGGAGCCUGGUUUGGGGUGGUCUGGGCACAAGGUCUCUGAGAAUGCAGGCUCAAGCUCUAUCCGGAUGCAUCUUUCCCUGCUCCCAUCUGGCCCCCUGGAGCCUCACUGCCGGCGUGCGAGAGGCUGGCCUCAGUGUCCCGGCUGCCCUGGCCCCAUUCUGGGUCCUGCCCCAUAGCAUGUGAGAAGGUGGCAGGUGAGGGAUCCUCCCCUGGGAGCUCUCUGUCCAAGGAGACGCAGCGGUGAAGAGGGUUCCCUGGAAAGGCUUCCUGCGGGAGGAAGGGGGGCGGGGGCCACAGCAGGAGGGGACACAUGAACUUGAGCAGGGUGGGUGCUGGCACCCUGCCAGGCUUCCUGCCCACCGGGCCCUGGCAGGGGUCCAGAAGGUACCAGCUCCGGGCACCUGCUUGAGGGUGGACCAGAGGAGCGAGGGGCGGGACCUCCGUGGAUCUGCACACCGAGCCUGCUCAGUGGCUGCUGCCGCAGGAGAAGCGGUUGCCUGGCACCUCUGCUGUUGCCAUGGUGACGGCGGAGGUGCUAACUUGCUAAUGAGUCCCCCUCGGCUGCAAAUAACAAUAGUACAGUGGUUAAUGGGGCUGAGCUGGGAGGAUUCCUAAGAAGACAGGGGCCUGGACAGGUACCAGGUGGGAGGGCCCACCUGCUCACCCUCCAGCCCCUGCCCACUGCCUGCAGCCCGGCUGGCCCUGCCCCUCCCAGGUCCCUGCCCUCCCAGGUCCCUGCCCUCCCACCCUCUGGGCACAUUUUCCCCACCCCCCGCCUUGAUUUCCUGGGUACCACGCCUCCAUGGACCCCCAGACCCUCCUGGCAUCCCCUCGCCCCUGUACUGGAGCUUCUGUUGGCUUCUGGUCUUCAGGUGAGAGACCAGCCACCCAUUUACAUGAAGAAGCCAUGGUGGCCCUGGUGACCCCAGCUCCAGCAGGGACCCUCUGAUGCCUGUGUCCCGCUAGCCAUGCCCUCUGGAGUCACAGAGUUUGGGCAGGUCCUGGGCCUCCCAGCCAGAAUCUAGGUCCCAUGGUCCCAGGGCAGGGGUCUCUGCUCCUCACCUUGGUCCGGCCUGUCACCACCGUGGGGAAGAUUCAUGUCAGAACCCAGGAUAUGCUUCCCAAAGCAGCUCAGACAGGAAUGGAAUAGUGAUUCCCCCUUGACAGGUGGGGACCCCCUUUGUCAGACAGGGACCUCUCUCGGCAGGCAGACCCUUUGCUGUUGAAUUGCUUGGUGUGGCCCAGCCAUUCCCUGGCCUGGUCCCCACGGUGGAGGAGACCCUGAGGAGGCCUAAGGGGAGGGGUCUGUGCACUGAGUCCCAUGCCCUUGCCGCUGACCAGGCCCGUGACCAUUCAGACCCUGGGGCACCUCCAUGGUGUCAGCCAUGGCACAGCCUCCAGUCUGCCCAUCCAGAGGAGCCCCAGGGCCACAGGAGGGGUGGUGGGAGGGGCACACAGCCAUGCCCAUGGCGGGGAGAGCCAGGUGGGGGCUGAGCCCCAAGGGGCUGAAGACAGGAGUGUGUGGAGUGUGGGGGGUGAGACUCUGGGGCUGGCCCACUAUCCACGGGCUUGGCCAGGUGAGUGUACGACCCUUACCUGCCUGGCACCUGCUGUUCUACAGCCUCCCUGGCCCCUACCUCCUCUGCUGUGACUCAGGACCCCGAGAAUUCCUAUGUGGAGGGGGUGAUGCGUGUGAAGUGUCCAGCCUGGCAGUCACCCGAGGGGGUGGUCCAGAAACGGUGGCAGCUGCCACCAUUGUCUCCAGAGUCAUUGUACCGUGAUGUGACAAGUGUCUUCAGGAAGCCACCCAGCAUCCUCUGUAGCUGAGAGUUGGGGGCCUUUGCCCGCUGUGGUCCCCUUUCUGUGGGCCCUGGGGGUCUAUCUGUCUCCUAGCCUCUCCCAACCCUGAGCUGGGGGGUGGAGGGAAGACCCUGAUUGGAAGGCAACCAUGAAGGGCCCUCUGCGAAGGGUGCCUCCAGAGGGGCUAGGGGGCCUGGUUCCCUGCAGCCUCUUUAUAUGUGACCUUGCACUGGUCCCACCCCUCCCUGAGCCUCAGUUUCCCCAUACUUAAAGCAAACUCAUCAUCCUGAUGGUGCUUGCCUCCUGGGGGGCUGUGAGACUUGGGUGGGGCUAGAGAAGGGCCAAUCCUGGCAGGUGGCAGGGGACUGAUGGGGUGGGGGAAGGCAGAGGCUGUCCACCAAGUACACAGAAGGGGACUUCUACCCUGCAGGUCUGGAGUUCACAGAUCCCCUAGCCCCUGUCCUCCUCCUCCCUCCACACACCCCUCAGCCCAAGAUCCGGAGGUCAGUCUCGGGAGCCCCCUAGCUCGUUGAGGCAGCUGGCCCCCACCAUCCACCGGAGUGCAGGAUUAGGGGAUCAGAGAGCUGCUGAGGACUGGGCUGUGCGAGGCUGGGGGGUGCUAGGGAAGGGUGGGGGUCUCCAACAGCUCAGAGCUGAGAAGAGGGCAGGGGAGAGUGUUCUGGACUGCUGGCUUGGCUGGGGUCCUGGGAGCUAGAAGACGAGGCCAGAGGAAUGGGGUCUGCACCCCGAGAAUGGGGGAGAUUGUACACAAGCUGUGGGGGGUGGAGUGUUCUCGGGUGUGUAAGGGCCCAGAGGAAGGACUUGAGCCUGGUCCUGCCUGGCCCAGUUGGCACAGGAUGGGAACUCUCAGAGCCCUGAGACCCACCCCACUCUGGUCCCCAGCCCCUCUGUGCCACUUCCUGUUUAGGAGGCCGGCACAGUGGCCUGCACAGGCCAGGGCUGGACAAGCUCUGCCCUAAGGACUCUUCCAGUUUCGUGGGUGGUAGACUCUAACACUCACCUGGGAGGCUAGUGGGGUUUGAUCUUCCAGCCAGCGGGGACAGCCCCAUGGGGACAGGCUCCGGGCCCACCACUGGCCCCACUGAGGCUAGCCCUGGGAGGGGGGUGCUGGCCAGUGCCCUUGCCUAGGGUUCAGCCCUGCUGACCACCAUCUCUCCCCACAGGUCAGGCGCCAUGCCCAGUCACUCCAAACUCUAGGCCAGACCCCAGGCCAUCAGACAGCCCCUCUUCGCUUCAGGGGUCCCUCCCUAAAGUCCACUGCCCACCAUGGCUGGGGAUCGGCUCCCGCGGAAGGUGAUGGAUGCCAAGAAGCUGGCCAGCCUGCUGCGGGGAGGGCCUGGGGGGCCGCUGGUCAUCGACAGCCGCUCCUUCGUGGAGUACAACAGCUGGCAUGUGCUCAGCUCUGUCAACAUCUGCUGCUCCAAGCUGGUGAAGCGCAGGCUGCAACAGGGCAAGGUCACCAUCGCCGAGCUUGUCCAGCCGGCCUCUCGAAGCCAGGUGGAGGCCGCAGAGCCGCAGGACGUGGUGGUCUAUGACCAGAGCACGCGGGAUGCCAGCGUGCUGGCUGCUGACAGCUUCCUCUCCCUCCUGCUCAGCAAGCUGGAUGGCUGCUUCGACAGCGUCGCCAUCCUCACGGGGGGCUUUGCCACCUUCUCCUCCUGCUUCCCUGGCCUCUGUGAGGGCAAGCCAGCCGCCCUGCUGCCCAUGAGCCUCUCCCAGCCUUGCCUGCCCGUGCCCAGCGUGGGCCUGACCCGCAUCCUGCCUCACCUCUACCUGGGCUCUCAGAAAGAUGUCCUGAACAAGGACCUGAUGACCCAAAACGGAAUAAGCUACGUCCUCAAUGCCAGCAACUCGUGCCCCAAGCCAGACUUCAUCUGCGAGAGCCAUUUCAUGCGUAUCCCUGUCAAUGACAACUACUGUGAGAAGCUGCUGCCCUGGCUGGACAAGUCCAUCGAGUUCAUUGAUAAAGCCAAGCUGUCCAGCUGCCAAGUCAUCGUCCACUGUCUGGCCGGCAUCUCCCGCUCUGCCACCAUCGCCAUCGCUUACAUCAUGAAGACCAUGGGCAUGUCCUCUGAUGAUGCUUACAGGUUCGUGAAGGACCGGCGCCCGUCCAUCUCGCCCAACUUCAAUUUCCUGGGUCAGCUGUUGGAGUACGAGCGCAGCCUGAAGCUGCUGGCAACCCUACAGGACGACGGGGCACCGCCGCCAGGGACCCCAGAGCCCCUCCCGGACCCCACAGCCCCCCCGCCGCCGCUGCCACCACCUACCUCAGAGAGCGCCACCACCGCAGCCAGGGAGGGCGCGCUGGGCGCGGGCGGGGAGCCCCCAACGCCUGCCGCCGCCCCGGCCACCAGCGCGCUGCAGCGAGGCCUGCGCGGCCUGCACCUCUCCUCGGACCGCCUGCAGGACACCAACCGCCUCAAGCGCUCGUUCUCCCUGGACAUCAAGUCGGCCUACGCGCCGAGCCGGCGCCCUGAGGGCCCCGGGCCCCCCGACCCCGGCGAGGCCCCCAAGCUCUGCAAGCUGGACAGCCCCGGGGGCGCGCUGGGCCUGCCCUCGCCUGGCGCUGACAGCCCGGACUUGGCGACUGAGGCGCGCCCGCGGCCCCGGCGGCGCGCACGGCCCUCGGCCAGCUCCCCGGCGCGCUCCCCCGCGCACGGCCUGGCCCUGAACUUCGGGGACGCGGCCCGGCAGACUCCGCGACACGGCCUUUCGGCCCUGUCAGUGCCCGGGCUGCCUGGCCCGGGCCAGCCGACCGGCCCCGGGGGCUGGGCACCGCCACUGGACUCCCCGGGCACGCCGUCGCCGGACGCGCCCUGGUGCUUCAGCCCCGAGGGCGCGGGCGGCGUGGGCGGCGCGCGCUUCGUGCCCUUCGGCCUUCCGACCGGGCCUAACGCGGGCGGCGGCAGCUGUGACUUGCGGCGGCGUGAGGCGGCGCGGGCCGAGCCCCGGGACGCGCGGACCGGUUGGCCCGAGGAGCCGGCCCCGGAGACGCAGUUCAAGCGCCGCAGCUGCCAGAUGGAGUUCGAGGAAGGCAUGGUGGAAGGGCGCGCACGCGGAGAGGAGCUGGCCGCCCUGGGCAAGCAAGCCAGCUUCUCCGGCAGCGUGGAGGUCAUAGAGGUGUCCUGACGGCGGGCCGGGACCGCUGACCUGGGCCUGCGCUGGGCCUUCUGCAGCCGCCGCUGUAGAUACAGAUUAUAUAUAGUACAAAGAAAGGUAAACGAUUUUACCGCGAUUUUUAUCCAGAAGUAAAUAUUUCGAUUUUUUAUUUAUUUAAGCUGUUCAUUCUGGCAAUGAUUGGGCAACGAUUCAGGCGGUCCUCUGUUUUUACUGUCUGGUAUUUAAAAUGAAACAUGUUUCUAAGCAAUAUGAGGCCACCUUCUGCCGCAAGCUGGGUGCCAGGCUUGGGGUCCCCUCCCCACCUUCCACCCCACAGGAAACACUGCUGACCGUUGCGGGGAGGCUGCAGAGCUUUCGUGCACUUUUUACGUAAGAAAAAGGGGAAAACAAAACAAACAAAAAAAAACCUUUGCCACAAACUGAGCCGCAGAACCCCCCCCUUCCCUGUCUCCUCCCCUCCUCUCCUUCUCUGCUCCGCUCUCCAUCUCUGCACCAAAGCCAUAAGUGGCGGGCUGGCCCCAGGACCCGGGGUGGGACAGAGGAGGCCCUGUCGGUCCCUGCCCACCAGCUGGAGCCCGGCCUUGGUGGCACAGUGCCACCCCUGCCGCCUACCGGCCUCAGACCUGGUCCCUGUGGGUCUUAACGGAGUGUUGGCUGGAUGGGGCCAGGGUUUCAGUGGGGUUGGAGAAUGGAACAGGGUAGGGGCUGGGCUAGGCAGAGGGGGUUCUUGUGUCAUGUGACAUGGGUCCCAAGGACAGGGACGGGAUGAGGGUGUCCAGCCCCCACUUUCCUGCCUAAGCCUGGGCUCCAGUGGAGGCUGCCUCCCUCUCCCGUCCCUUGCUGGUGCCCUGUAGAGUCCCCUGCCAGGUGGGCAGGUGGGGAAAUGGAGCAGUAUGGGGUAGCCACUGGAGGGGGAGCAGAUCUCAAGGCAAGAGGAGCUGAGUGAAUGAGGGCUGGCCCAGCCCCAGCUAUGGGAAGGGAAUGACUUCAGGGUCAUGUUCUGGGCCUCCCCCAGCUUCAUGCCUCCAGGAAGUAUUUGGAAUUCAGGUAUGUUUACCUGUGGUUGAAGGGGCCUUCGUGAGGCGUUCUUGUUUUUUGUCAGGAAUGGGAAGUUAGCCCCUGUUAGACCCUUAUGCUUCCAGGGGGUGGGGUCUUAGCUUUGGGAGAACCACCUCAAGGCACGUAAAGACCCCUGACAUGUGGAUGCAGCCAUGUCUGCCAUGUCUGCCCCAACCCCAUGGGGGCCUCUCAGGAGAGAAAGCCCUCUGCACACCCCCUUUUCCAAAGCUGCUGCCCUCUGGACUCUCCCCAGUAUCUGCAAGGUAACGUGCCAGCCCCCGCCCCACGUGGGCCAGCCAGAGGGUGAGGGCAGGAGAAAAGCUCACUACCCCUGCCCCACACCCCCCUGGGCCAAUGGGACCCAAGGCUUUGGGGACCAGAGUGGCUUCUCCCCACCGGUUCAGAUGUCCUAGAGUUUGGGAGUAAGGGCUAGCCGCCUGGGGACCAGGGACGCUGCAGUGGGGGCAGCCCAGGCAGGACUGAGUCCUGGAGCGGGGAGGGGGG